GCAGCAGGCGCCAGUGCCGCUCCACCUUACUCGCUGUGCCUGCUUGAGUCUGCUCUGUCCCCUACUCACCAGUCCACCACCACCAUGACACCUGGCAUCCAGUCCCCUUUCUUCCUGCUGCUGCUUCUCCUAGUGCUUACAGGCCAGACGAAUAGCUUUACCUCAUCUCAAAUCACCAGCACUCUCCUGAACUUGACCAGCUCUACAGUUCAUCAUAGCACUGCAGCCCCAAACAGCAGGGAUUCAUCAAGCUCUGCCACCACUCCAGCCCACAAUGGCACCUCAUCUGGGACCACUGGGACUACAACCAGCUCAGCUUUCACCCCAGCCCACAAGGGCACCUCAUCUGGGACCACUGGGGCUCCAACCAGCUCAGCCUCCACUCCAGCCCACAAUGGCACCUCAGCCCUGACCACCAGGGCUCCAUCAGCUGCAUCAGGCUCAGCCUUCACCCCAGCCUACAAUGGCACCUCAUCUGGGACCGCUGGGGCUCCAACCAGCUCAGCCUCCACCCCAUCCUACAAUGGCACCUCAUCUGGGACCACUGGGGCUCCAACCAGCUCAGCCUCCACUCCAGCCCACAGUGGCACCUCAGCCCUGACCACCAGGGCUCCAUCAGCUGCAUCAGGCUCAGCCUUCACCCCAGCCCACAAUGGCACCUCAUCUGGGACCGCUGGGGCUUCAACCAGCUCAGCCUCCACCCCAGCCUACAAUGGCACCUCCGCCCUGACCACUGGGGCUCCAGCAGGUGCAUCAGGCUCAGCCUUCACCCCAGCCCAUAAAGACACCUCAUCUGGGACCACUGGGUCUCCAACCAGCUCAGCCUCCAUCCCAGCCUACAAUGGUACCUCUGCCCUGACCACCGGGGCUUCACCAGGCAUAUUAGGCUCAGCCUCCACCCCGGCCUACAAUGGCACCUCAGCCCUGACCACCAGGGCUUCACCAGGCAUAUUAGGCUCAGCCUCCACCCCGGCCUACAAUGGCACCUCAGCCCUGACCACCAGGGCUUCAUCAGCUGCAUCAGGCUCAGCCUUCACCCCAGCCCACAAUGGCACCUCAUCUGGGACCACUGGGACUCCUACCAGUUCAGCUUCUAUCCCAGCCCACAAUGGCACCUCAUCUGGGACCACUGGGGCUUCACCAGGCAUAUUAGGCUCAGCCUCCACCCCAGCCUACAAUGGCACCUCAGCCCUGACCACCAGGGCUUCAUCAGCUGCAUCAGGCUCAGCCUUCACCCCAGCCCACAAUGGCACCUCAUCUGGGACCACUGGGACUCCUACCAGUUCAGCUUCUAUCCCAGCCCACAAUGGCACCUCAUCUGGGACCACUGGAAUUCCAACCAGCUCAGCCUCCACUCCAGCCCACAAUGGCACCUCGGCCCCAACUACAGGGGCUUCAUCAGCCUCAGCUGCUGCUUCAGUACACAGGGGCACUUCUACUAUGGCUUCUACAACCCUGCCUGACAGGGGUACUCAAUCCCCAGUUUCCAGCCAGCCAUCUGACCUUUCCACCACCCUUGCCAACCUGAGCAACAGUACUAUUGCCAGUAGCAAUAGCCAUGGCACAGCACCCCCCUCCACCUCCUCCAGUCAUAAUUCUCCCCAGUUGUAUGUUGGGGUCUCUUUCUUCUCCCUGUCUUUUUACAUUUCAAACCUCAAGUUUAAUUCUUCUCUGGAAGAUCCCAGAACCAACUACUAUCAAGAACUGCAGAGGAACAUUUCUAGAUUGUUUUUGCAGAUUUAUAAGCAAGAUGGUUUUCUGGGCUUCUCUAGUAUCAUAUUCAGACCAGGAUCUGUGGUGGUAGAACUGACUCUGGUCUUCCGGGAGGGUACCACCAAUGCCAAGGAAGUGAUGUCACAGUUUGUUCAGCAUAAAGAGGAAGGAUCCAAUUAUAACCUGAACAUCUCGGGAAUCAAGGUGAACGAGGUGCUGUUUCCUUCCCCUGCCCAGUCUGGGUCUGGGGUACCAGGCUGGGGCAUUGCCCUGCUGGUGUUAGUCUGUGUUCUACUUGCAUUGGCCAUCUUAUAUCUCAUUGCCUUGGCUGUGUGUCAGUGUCGCCAAAAGAACUAUGGGCAUCUGGACAUCUUUCCAUCCCGGGAAACCUACCAUCCUAUGAGUGAAUACCCCACUUACCACACCCAUGGGCGUUAUGUGCCCCCCGGAAGUACCAACCGUAGCCCCUAUGAGGAGGUGUCUGCAGGCAAUGGUGGAGGCAGCCUCUCUUACACGAACCCAGCAGUGACAGCCACUUCUGCCAACUUGUAGGGGCAGGUCACCUGUUCAGCUUGGCUGCCAGCAGUGCGUCAGGUUCUUCAUUGCCAAAGUCCCUCUCCCCCAAUCUGGGUUGAUGAGCUGGGAAUUUGGGUGGGCUGCUCACAGCCUCCCUCAGAGGCUCCACCAAGCCCCCUAACCCAUCUUAGCCUGGUGAAGCCCAGCUUUGCCCUGGGGGAUAUGCCUGGGACAGUUGGGCAGUGAUGGCUCCCAGGACUGGCCUAGAAAUUCUGGCAAUGGAGGUGGGAACCCAAACAUGACUGAAUAAAAUGUGGCCUCUUGU